CCAGAACAUCAUCAAUCCCCAGUCAUCAAUAUGGAUUCUGAAGCAUCGCCGUAUGUUUCGAAAUCGCAAGCCCUGGAGAUGGCCUACCAGGAAGCAUUCCACAAGGCCGACCUGAUUGUUAAGGAUGAGGGCGCGCGCCGACUCCGACUCGAUAUCCUAUUGUUACGCCACGAGAAUGAAGAUUUACAGGAGGAACUUGCGCUGGAGAGUGAUCGCAUUGAUCUAUUAGAGAUCGAAGGGGACAGUCUGAGAGCUCAGAUAGAGGCGGCAGAAGAGGAGGCACGCCGAUAUGAAUCUGAAUUACGAGUCCAGACAAGGGAGGUGAACAAUUUAAGGGUAAUUGCUAUUGUUUCUAUGGGUUUGCCCAAGCUGAUAGUUCCCAGGUUGAGGUGGCUUCGAUGAAUGGCGUAACUAUGGACAGUACCAAGGUUUUGACCGAAAAACUAUCCCUUGCACGCGAACUUGCGACACUAAAACCAGAACUCGAACAUCUUCGAUCGCAGGCGACAUAUCACCAAACCAUCUUAUCAGAGAAGCUAGCUUUGCAGCGCCAGGUUAGUAGUUUAGAGGUCGAAUUGGAGACCGAAAAGCGAGCUGCGAAACGUGCAGCCCAAAAGAACGAUAACACCGAACGAGAAGCAGAGUUUCAACAGCAACUGGAUCAACUUCAAAAGGACUUGGCACGAAAUAAACGAGAGGCAACCAGACUCCGAGACGAGAUGGAGAAUGAGUACCGUAGUCAGUUGGAGGAAGCUCAGAAAGAGCUCGCCCGCGAAAAACGAGAGAGCGCAAAAGCAACGAAGACACACGCAAAGGAGCUGAAGGUACUUGAAGUUCAGAAGGAUCUCGCCAGGGAAAAGCUGGAGGCAGCAGGCAACCGCGAUGAAAUUGAGGCGGAUCUCCGUAGUCAGCUGGAGGAGGCCCAAAAGGAGUUGGCCCGUGAAAAGCGAGAAGCUGCAAAGAUUACCAAGGCACACGAGAAAGAACUGAAGACACUCCAAGUUCAGAAAGAGCAGGCUCAGAACAAGGCAGAUUCUGCCACAAGCCGGGAGGAGGUUGAGACUGAAUUCCGAGACCAGCUGGAGGAGAUUCAGAAAGAUUUAGCUCGCGAGAAACGGGAAAGUACAAAAACCUCCAAAGAACAUGAAAAGGAGUUGAAGGCUCUCGAAACCCGCCACGCCGUCUUGGAAAGCAAACACGAGCAGAUCCGCACUAAAUUACGAGCUACCAAAGAACAACUCAAGGAGGCUCAAGAGGAGGCGAACCAUCUACGAGCUGCCGCGGUAAAGGCCACAAAAUCCUCCAGCAAUAUGGAUGCUCCCGCCAAGAAGGGACGAAAGCGAGGUGCCAUGGAAAUGAGUGCUGACGAUGCUAUCGGUACACCAGAUGGAAUUGCUGCUCGUGCCAAACGUCCUAUGAAGAAGGCAAGAGCCGAUCAAGUCAUGAUGGCAGAGAAGUCCAUGUUUUCCAUCACACCUUUCUUGAAUCGCACGGCCAAUAUUAAUCCCGAGACACCCGUUGAGAAACCCGAAUCCGAGGCCGAAGAAGAGGAGCUUGAACAGGAAGAAGAGCAAGCAGAAGUUUCUGAGGAGGAAGAGGAACAAGUUGCUAGUGUCCCGUCUCCAAAAGCUGUUUCAAAAGCCAAAGGAAAGAAAAGGGCAACCGACAAAGCUGCAGAAUCGACUACAGAAGAGCCUGCUCAAAAGAAGCCAGCAAGACGCACGAAAGCCACUCUCAACGAAGCAACCUCAAAUCCCAGGAAGAGUAAAGCGGCCGCUAAGAAAUCAAAACCUUUGAGCACUUUGGAGAAUGUAAUUGAAGAGGCGGACGAGAACGUAGAAGAAGACCAAGCUCCUGAACCAGAAGUCACCAAAAAGGUAGUUGCUAAAAAGACUGCCUUGAAAACAAAGCCAAGUGCCGUGGAGGAAGCAGGUGCGAAGAUCAAGAAGAGAAAGUUGGUUGGCGGAACUUUAUUUGACGAAGAAGAUGCUGAGGUCACGAAGCGACCACCAAAGGUUACUCUUGGAGCUCCUCGUUUGAUGGCGAAGGGUGGACUGAUGGGACCUGGUGGAAAAAUGAGAGGUGGUUUGGGUGCUGGUAGUGGGUUUGGAACCUUUUCUCCUUUAAAGAAAGACAAGCGAGGUGUUGGGGCGAGUUUUCUCGCGUAAUUUGGAUGGUGUUUAUGCAAGUAUUCUGUGGGAAAUGGACAUGGUGUGUAAUUUGGGGCGUUUUGGCUGAAUUUGUUGGAUGGGAAUGGUUUGGGUUGGAUGAACAAAGGUUGGAGUGACUGUAUUAUGGGACAUUGCAUGGAGUAUUGGGCAUAUAAAUCAGCAUGAGAGCUGUGAGGGUAUUUUUCUAGGAAUAAAUUGAUCAUUGAG